GUGCGUGUGUGGAAGCGUAAUAAGUGUGUUCUGGGUUUCUCUGGGCUGUAUUUUAAUUCCUCUACGCCCACAGCACCAAACUGCCUUCUCCAGCUCAGAAACACAAACAUAACUGGGACACUUUUACGGGAUCAUGUUUUAAUGGCAUAACUGCGGAGCUCCGGUCUGGUUCUAGUAGGCAGCCGCUUUCUGGGUGGGUUUGAUGCUGCUGGACUCUCGCUGAGGGAGUGUGGUACGCUUCUAAACUCCAGAGACAGAAGAUGUUGAGAAAAUGAUAGCUGCUCAGGACCUCCAAACAGACUUUCACCAGGAAGGACACUCUUGGCUCUCGGACAACGAUCUGGAGGAUCCUGAGAGUCAGAAUGUCAAACCUGGCAAAGGAAAGAAGGGGAAGAAGACCCUUGGAGAGAAGGUGAAGGGUUCAGAGGUGAAAGGUCAGGGGCGGGUGAAUGGUCACCAUCAGGAGAAUGGCAUGGAGAAUCUCAGUUUGUUUGAGAUUGUGAAAUUGGGCAAAAGUGCCACACAGUCUGUGGUUGAUGACUGGAUUGAGUCCUAUAAGGCAGACAGAGACUCUGCGCUGCUGGAACUCAUCAACUUCUUCAUCCAAUGCUCUGGCUGUAAAGGUGCGGUAAGCUCAGAGAUGUUCCGGCAUAUGCAAAAUUCCGAGAUCAUCAGGAAAAUGACAGAAGAGUUUGAUGAGGACAGUGGUGAUUACCCGCUGGCGAUGUCAGGCCCGAUGUGGAAGAAGUUUAAAGUGAGCUUGUGUGAGUUCAUCGCUGUUCUGAUCCGACAGUGUCAGUACAGCAUCAUCUAUGAUGAGUACAUGAUGGACACGGUCAUCUCUCUUCUCACCGGCCUGUCAGACUCGCAGGUCAGAGCAUUCAGACACACCAGCACCCUGGCAGCAAUGAAACUGAUGACUGCUCUGGUGAAUGUUGCACUGAAUUUGAGCAUCAACAUGGACAACACGCAGAGACAAUAUGAGACUGAACGUAACAAGAGCAUCGGGAAACGGGCCAAUGAACGCUUGGAGCUCCUGCUGCAGAAACGCAAAGAGCUCCAAGAGAACCAGGAUGAGAUUGAAAACAUGAUGAAUGCCAUUUUCAAAGGUGUAUUCAUCCACAGAUACAGGGAUGUGAUUUCUGAGAUCAGGGUGGUUUGUAUUGAGGAGAUUGGUGUGUGGAUGAAGAUGUACAGUGAGGCGUUUCUCAACGACAGUUACCUGAAAUAUGUGGGAUGGACCAUGUAUGAUAAGCAAGGCGAGGUUCGUCUGAAGUGCCUUACAGCUCUUCAGGGUUUGUAUUAUAGCAGAGAGCUCAACGCCAGAUUGGAACUCUUUACCAGCCGCUUUAAGGAUCGUAUUGUUUCCAUGACUCUGGAUAAGGAAUAUGAUGUUGCUGUUCAGUCUAUUAAGCUGCUGACGCUAGUUUUGCAGAGUAGUGAUGAGGUCUUGACAGCUGAAGACUGUGAGAGUGUGUAUCACCUGGUUUAUUCCGCCCACCGACCAGUUGCUGUGGCAGCAGGGGAGUUCCUUUACAAAAAGUUAUUCAGUCAUCAUGGUCCAGAGGAUGAGGGGCGGCCCAGGAGAGGCAGACAGUGUUUGAAUGCUAGUCUCAUCAGAACAACUGUCUUGUUCUUUUUGGAGAGUGAGCUCCAUGAGCAUGGCGCUUACCUAGUGGACAGCUUGUGGGACUGUGCAUCAGAGCUUUUGAAGGACUGGGAAAGUAUGAUCAGCCUUUUGCUGGAUGAGCCGUACCCUGGAGAAGAGGCUCUCACGGAUGCUCAGGAAGCAGCUCUGAUUGAAAUCAUGCUCUGUGCUGUCAGACAGACAUGUGAGUGUCACCCACCGAUUGGACGAAGCACAGGCAGAAGGGUUCUGACAGCUAAGGAAAAGAAAACCCAGCUGGAUGAUCGCACAAAGAUCACUGAAACGUUCGCUGUGGCUCUGCCUCUGUUACUGGCUAAAUAUUCGGUGGACCCAGAGAAGGUCACUAAUCUGUUGCAGUUUCCUCAGUAUUUUGAUUUAGAGAUCUAUACAACUGGUCGGCUGGAAAAGCAUCUGGAUGCUUUGCUGCGUCAGGUCCGUGACGUGGUGGAGAAGCACACAGACACCGAUGUGUUAGAGGUGUGCUCAAUGACGUUCCAUGCACUGUGCAAUGAGGAGUUCACCAUCUAUAACCGUGUGGAUAUCGUCCGAAGCCAGAUGCUCGAUGAACAGAUUGACAAGUUCCACCGCCUGCUGGAGGACUUUCUGCAGGAGGGGGAGGAGCCUGAUGAAGAUGAUGCCUAUCAUGUUUUGUCAACACUUAAGAGAAUCACUGCCUUUCAUAAUGCCCAUGACCUCACUAAAUGGGAUCUUUUCACCAGCAACUACAGACUCUUGAACUCUGGUCUUCAGAAUGGGGACAUGCCUGAGCAGAUUGUUGCCCACGCACUACAGUGCACUCACUACAUCGUACUCUGGCACUUGGCCAAAGUCUCGGAGGGCAGCUUUACCAAGGAUAAUCUGGUUCUCUUGCAGAGACAAGUGAGGGCCUUCUCUAUGAUGUGUCAGAGAUACCUGAGCAGCAUCAGCACCACUGUCAAAGAACAGGCCUUUACCAUUCUCUGUGAUGCCCUCCUGAUCUUCAGUUACCAGAUUGUGUCAUCAGGAAGGGAAGCUUUAGACCCGCUGGUAUUCAGUCCAGAUGCAUCUUUACAAGGCGAACUCCUCAACUUUAUCCUUGAUCAUGUGUUUGUUGAUCAGGAUGAGGACAGCAGCACAGACGAUGAGGCUGGUAAGAUUGAGGCCCUUCAUAAACGCAGGAAUUUACUGGCUGCCUUUUGCAAAUUGAUCAUCUACAACGUGGUGGAGAUGAAGACAGGAGCAGAUAUCUUCAAACAGUACAUGCGAUACUAUAAUGAUUACGGUGACAUCAUUAAGGAGACCAUGAGUAAGGCUCGUCAGAUCGAUAAGAUUCAGUGUGCCAAGACUCUGAUCCUCAGCCUGCAGCAGCUAUUUAAUGAGAUGCUCAAUGAUCUGGGCUGUAACUUUGAUCGAUCCUCAUCUGCAUUCUGUGGGAUUAAAGAACUGGCCCGACGUUUCUGUCUCACGUUUGGACUCGAUCAAAUCAAAACCAGAGAGGCCAUUGCGAUGCUUCACAAGGAUGGAAUAGAAUUUGCCUUUAAAGAACCCAGUCCGCAAGGGGAGGGAGGCCCACCUCUCAAUCUCGCUUUCCUUGACAUCCUCAGUGAGUUUUCCUCUAAACUACUGCGCCAGGACAAGAAGACUGUGCACCUGUAUCUGGAGCGGUUUAUGACAUUUCAGAUGGCACUGCAGAGGGAUGACUGCUGGUUGCCACUCAUCUCUUAUCGGAAUUCUCUUCAAGCUGGUGCUGACGAUGACACACUGUCUGUCAUCAGCGGCAUGAGCAGCAGAAGUUCUGCCCGCAGCCGCAAGAGCAAACCAGCUGCCACCAGCAAGAGGAAGCUACCUGAGGAGGAGAGCAGCUGUAGUAGUAGCGAUGUGAGCGCAUGGGUGCAUCAUGUGCAGAGUGCCCCUCCCACUCCUGUGAUGUCAUCACCACACAUUGUCUCCACUGUCCUACGGGAUGCAAAGAAGCUCCGCCCAGAGCAGGGGUACAUGGGAAUAUACAGCAUGAGCAACGAAACGCAGCAUACACCACUGCAACAGCCGCAUCAACACAUGGACUACAAUUCUCAGGUUACAUGGAUGAUCGCCCAAAAGCAACAACAGGACAGAGCAAACUUGCAGUAUGGCAAAAUUAGGGGCCAUAUUCAGCACACCAUUCGCCGUGGCAGCGGGCUGAUGGAGGAUGAUGAGGAGCCGAUUGUAGAGGAUGUGAUGAUGUCAUCAGAAGAGCGGUUGGAUGAUCUUAACGAGGGCAUGGACUUCGACACCAUGGAUAUUGACCUGCCACCAUCCAAAAACCGCAGGGAGAGAACAGAGCUGAAACCAGACUACUUUGAUCCUGCCUCCAUAAUGGAUGACUCUGUUCUCAACGUCUCCAUGUUCUGAGCUGGGCAUAUCAGAAUGACAGUGAUGUUAAAAAGAGAGUUUUCCUGCUCUUCUGAUUUCACUCCAUGGACUCUGAGCACACAUGAGGAUGCUGUGUAUCUUUCCCUCCUGAAAACAUACCAAUACUUUCCAUCUGUACAUAAGUAACAGACCACAAGGCAUACAGACAUUUACAGCACGAGAUCAGACUUAUCUAUUCAUGCUCUUUUGUACUGGAGGUUUAAAAAUAGUUGUUUUUUUGUAACUCCUGAAGGAGUUUUGAUUUUUAGGUAAUUUUGUAAAGACAAUCAGUUGCAAAUCGACUUUAUAAUGGGGUGAUUCAAUUCUAACUUUAUAACUUAAUUGGUUUAGACUUGCAGUGUAUCUAGCUGUUUUUCUUCCAGCAUUUCAUUCUUUUGUCUCUCUUUUUUUAUCGAUCACUCACAAUGUUUUACCUUCCCUGAAGUACAAUAGGUUAAACCUUAAAUCGUGAUGAUAUUCCUCACUAUUUCUUGUGUGAUUCUGAUUGAUCCUUGGUGCUCAAAGCAGUUGUGCUGAUUGGGUAAAACUUCAAAAGCCUACAGUUAAAUUGCUUAAUUUAGGUAUGUUCUCAUCGUUUUAUUUCAGCUUUAAUUUCACAUUUGUUUCCACUUAAAGGGCAUUGACCCAUUUACAGAGUAAACUCUUUCUGCAGAUUAUCUAUUAUUUACUUAUUUUUAAAGAUUAGAAUUAGGUAUUAUAAUAUAUUGUUAUAUCUCUUUAAAACAUAUAUAAAAGUAUAUAUAUUAUUUUGUUUUAAACAAAAUGUGUAACGUAAUGUGAAUCGUUGCUGAUUUUAUAUUUAAGUUAAUGUUUUUAUGUUUGGUAUCCAACCUACUGUUUCAUUCACGCUGCAUUUGUCCUUAAAGAAUCACAAAUGUUUCAACUUUCAUUUUGGAAAAGCUCCACUGUGAACGAUUAUUUGGUCUUUACCCUCUGUGUAGUUCAUUGAAGUUUGGAUACAGGUUGUGGGGUUGUUAUGGGUCAUGUAGUUGAAAUCAAGAAUGGCUGGUUAAUCAAAGUGUCUCUAUUGUGAUCGUUGUGAGAAAUCUUAAUAAAUGGAACCACAGUGAUUGUAUGUCUGUGGAAAUGCAUUUCUACAAGGAGCUUUUGUUUAGGAUUGAAAAAGAAAUAUUUGUCUUUAUUUGUAAUAUGUUUCACACAUAUUUGAUGAUUUGUUACAAUUAGUUUUUUCUUUUUUUUUUCUUUCCUGCAGUAUCUUCUUAUUUUCUAAAGUGUGAGUGUAUGUUUUAAUGUAUUGGUCUGUACAUAAAU